AUGCUCCGUAUCAUUGAUCCGCGCAGCAACUCGGUUACCGGCGAGGUCUUGGCGCACGAGGGCGUCAAGGGGGGGCGCGCGAUAUGGCUGGGGGAGAAAGAAUGGAUCUUUUCCGCUGGAUUUGGCAGACAGUCAGAACGUAAAAUUGCUAUUUGGGACCCAAAGAACUUAUCAAAGCCACUUACAGAGCAAACGGUUGACAACGCAGCGGGAGUGAUUAUGCCGAUCUACGACAACUCUUCGAGCAUCGUGUUCACAGCCGGUCGAGGCGACUGCUCUAUUCGCUACUACGAAAUCGUCAACGACUCGACCAUUAUAUACUUCCUGUCGUCUUACAGCUCUACGACUCCGCAACAGGGCGUCGCGGCCAUGCCGAAGGUGGGCGUGGACGUCUUAAACAACGAAAUCAUGAGGCUCUACAAGGCGACUCCCACCACCAUCGAACCCGUCUCCUUCAGGGUUCCUCGCAGAUCGGACUCGUUCCAGAGCGAUCUCUUCCCAGACGUUCCGGGGACAACGCCCGCACUCACCGCCAAAGACUGGCUUUCCAACAAAAACUCCAAGCCCGUACUGCAAAGCCUAGCCCCCAGCGGUGAUGUACAGCGACAGGCGGCGGCCCCCGAGCGCGAAUUCACGCCCGUCGUCAAGGAGCCCAAGGUGCUCUCGCAGGCUGCCCUCGAGGCACAAAACCGAGAGCUGACUUCCAGGGUCUCGUUCCUGGAAGCAGAGCUUGUCAAGAAAGACGCCAUGAUCAAACAAUUAAAAGAAUAA